AACACGUUCCACACAACCAGAGCGACCCCCACCGUGAAGAAACCGAGGUCAUAGUUCACAGGAAGCUGGGGGUCUGCCAUCUUUCCCCUGCUGCUGCUGCUAACGUCUAACAGUAGAAGCUAACUGACGGGGAGGGGCGGUUGGUCUUUAGAAUCUCGUAGCUAGCUGCUAUCAACGGCUCGAUAAACGUUCCAAACCGUCACCGUCACUUCUCCUCCGGCCGUCGUCGCUAAUAUAACAGCCGGUGUUCAUUGCCGGUGUUUUAUUGGAUGAAUUCGGCAUGGAGAAGGUAGCGGAGCCGUCUUGGACUUCUUCGUACACCUACCAGGUGAGCAAGCACAGCGCGGAGAUGCUACACAACCUGAACGCUCAGAGGAAAGAUGGAGGCAGGUUCUGCGAUGUGAUCCUCCGCGUCGGCGAGGAGAGCUUCCCCGCGCACAAAGCCGUGCUGGCGGCGUGCAGCGAGUACUUCGAGUCGGUGUUCGGCCGCCAGGCGGAGGAGGAGGUGGAGGAAGGCGGCGGAGGAGACGCCAACAACAGGGAGCUGGAGAUGCACACCAUCAGCCCCAAAGUUUUUAAAGACGUGCUGGACUUCGCCUACACCUCCAGGAUCGUGGUGCGACUCGAGUGCUUCCCGGAGUUGAUGACAGCGGCCAAGUUCCUGCUGAUGCGGUCCGUCAUCGAGAUCUGUCAGGAGGUGAUUAAACAGUCUAACGUCCAGAUCCUGGUCCCGACUCUACGGGGAGGAGACGCCAGCCUGUUCCAGACCACCACCGGGGCCACGGAGCUGGGCUACCCGGUGCAGCAGCAGCAGCAGCAGGACCUGGUGAACGGGACCGGGAUGCUGGUGAACGGGCAGAGCUUUGUGAACAAUGCCCAGAUGGGUGGAGGUGAAGACACUAAUGUGGUGCUGCUGGAGGACGGAGGUGAGGCGUCCAUGCCCAUGUUGGAGCCCGUAGAAGGACUGUCCGUGUCUCCAUCAACAGAAGUCCCGUUUCAGCACGACGCGGGCUCCCCGGGGUCCAAACGGAACCGGGGGAGACCGAAGAAAGCUGGAGCUGGAGGGGUCGUGGAGGGUGUCCUCUUUAACCAGAAAGACAACGGCUUGUUUCCGUGCGGGACCUGCGGGAAAGCGUUCACAGAGGCGUCCCGGCUGAAGAACCACGAAGCGCAGCACGGAGCUCACCACGGAGCUCACACCAACAACAACAACAACAACAACAACACCGGUGACAGCCUGUCAGCAGCGGGCAUGGGCAUGUCUCUGAUGUCCCCGUCCGGUCUGGUGGUGGAGAACGGCGGGUUGCAGGGUGUACACAGCGGAGGAGGAGGAGGAGGAGGGCUGACGCUGGACAACGGUCGCAAACGGGAGAGGACCAGGCGGCAUGUGGGCUGUGACAUUUGCGGUAAAGUGUUCCGCGACGUGUACCACCUGAACCGACACAAGCUGUCCCACUCCGGGGAGAAGCCGUACGCGUGUCAUGUGUGCGGGCUCCGGUUCAAACGCAAGGACAGGAUGUCCUACCAUGUGCGCUCCCACGACGGCUCAGUGGGCAAACCUUAUGUGUGCCAAAGCUGUGGGAAAGGUUUCUCCAGACCAGACCACCUGAAUGGACAUAUCAAACAGGUUCACACAACAGAGAGACCCCACAAGUGCCAGAUUUGUAAUGCGUCUUUUGCUACAAGAGAUCGCCUCCGGUCACACCUUGCAUGCCAUGAGGACAAAAUCCCCUGCAAGGUUUGUGGCAAGUUUCUGCGAGCUGCCUACAUGACGGACCACCUCAAGAAACACAGUGAAGGGACGCAUAACUACUGUGGCAUCUGCAACAAAGGUUUCUCCACUGCGUCCUACCUUAAGGUGCAUAUAAAGACACACCACGGCUCUCCGCUGCCCCCCUCUGCCACAAUGCACACCUUCCCUGAGCCAAGGGGGGAGCUGCAGAUGCACAACGGCACCCCUUACCACAUGGGACGCCAGUGCUCAGUGGAAGACCUGUGCGCCAGUCGCCAGCUGCUUCUCACCUCGUCUGAGGCAGAGGGUCGCUGUCAUGGACACCCAGUUCUUCCCCAGCCUGGCCCUCCAGCCUUGGGCCUGCAGCCUGAGCUGCUCAUGGGGAAGGCAGGUGGGGCUCCAUAUUUCUGGGAUUGUCGCUCUGGCGGGGUGCCUGGCUUCCCCGUCCAUGGGCCUGCUGCAGACGGGCAGGAAAACGCUGGGAAAUGUCCUCAUCUGGAAUCAGAAGAAUCAGACCCUUCGUUUGGGGAAUUGUCCAACGGCGACGAGUUCAAAUCUCCACACAAACCUGACGGGCCGGAGCUCGAGGUGCCCUCUUUAGCCUGUAACGGAGCCUCUGCGGAGGCCUUGGGCUCUCCGGAGGGAUCCAAAGCCAAGACGGACCCUGAGAAGAAGUUUACCUGCGGCAUCUGCGGCCAGGCCUUCCGCACCAAGUCCUACCUCAACAAGCACCAGCACAGAGUUCACAAAGCCCAGAAGGUCCAGGGGGUUUCAGGGUCGGGCUUGAAUGAGCUGGCCCCCUCCCUGACCUCGCCCUUCUCCCCUCAACAAAACAUGUCCCUGCUUGAGUCUUUUGGCUUUCAGAUAGUUCAGUCUGCUUUCGCCUCUUCGCUGGUGGACGCCGAGGCCGGUCAAAGUGGACUCGACUUUGGAGGGAAGUGACACAUUUGCUAACAUUCUAGCAAAAGCCUCUCGUUCUUAGGACAAAGCCGGGUCGCCCACCGAAGAUGCUCCGUAUUUGGGAAUAACUUUGCCUCAAGGCUACUUCUUCUGUUUGUUACAGUACGUCGCUUAACGUGUAACCAAUAUUUUUGUCACGGACUGCCAUACAAUUCCUACUUUUUCUACUUUUUUCAGAGUAUGAAAAGUGUGCGCACGGUGGUUAAAUCUUUCUUCAUAAAGAAAUGACAUGAAGGUUUUAUUUCCUUUUUUAUCUGACGUGGAUCUGUUGAAGUUAUGUUUGGUAUCCUUUCAUUUGUUUUUUGGCUUGUGUGUUAUUGAGCUUUCUUAGCUGCACAAACGUUUCUUGACAUGAGAUGAAUUAUUUACUGCAACCUUAGAAAAAAAGUUGUUACUUAUUGUGUGUUCGCCCACUUUAACUGCUCUGAUGUACGCAGAUAAUCCACCCUUGGCCAUUAUAAUGAUUUUUAAUGCUUCAUAUUCGUUCCCUAAAAGGCUGUAAACUGAUGUCUUUACCUCAGAGCAACAAGAGGGCUGAACUCUGUAUUUAUGUUAUUCUCUGCUUCUUUUAAGAAGGAUUUUGUUUUUCUUAAGGACAGACUUUGGCUUCAAAUUUGAUAGCAGGUUUUCUUUUUAUCUAUUACUUAUUCCUAACAGGCCCACGGUAUGUUUCUCAGUAUCACUGAUAGCUGUCAAGGAUCUUAAUGUAUUACUGUUGCCAGGACUACAGUUAAAAAAACACUUUGAAAACACAUAUUGAUAAGACUUUAAAUUUGACCCAUUAUAGCCUCCACAUAAAGCUCGUUUGGCACCAUAAAAUCUGGCAAAAACAUUUUUUUUUUAGCUAAAAACAAAAAAAGAAUAAUUAAAGGCAGGGUUGGUAAAAGAUUUUAGAAAGAUUUCUUUGUUAUAUUAGUUGAAAUUGACAUUGCAUCCCGACAGCAAUUGAUAAAUCAAAUGCUCUGA